CACCUCUUCCGACCACCGCAACAAGGACAGAUUCCCUUUUAUUUAUCUUUGUUAUUCAUUGCGAAAAAUUGAAUUUUCCGAGCAGUUCCUUGGAAAAAUCACCCCGAAACUGUGAAAACCGUUCACCCCCAACUGUUCUCUCGUGUAUGUUCUGCGUUGCAUUCCAUAUCGCUUCGCUCGAUGUUGUGUUUAUAAUCAAGAGGGCGGCGGCACCGGCAGCUGUCACAUGAGCAGCCCCCUUGCAGACUCACUCCUCCUACAAACUACAACGAUGUUGCAAACCUCUCUAACAGAAAUCUUCCAAAACGUUUCUCACAAUGAUCACUGCCGAAGCAACUAACUGUCGCACAAAAUGACUCAACCUGCAACGGGGAACACGUGUCUGCCGGAAUCCGAAAUGCCCGAAGCCGAAUCCUCAGGUGUCUUGGAGAGCGUCAAGCAGAAGAAGUACUCGUCGGGGUCCCUCGGGGGCGACAUCACGCGCCCCAAAGUGGUCACCGUCAAGCACCCCGAGUCCAACAAGCCCAAACCGACCGCGAAGAAAAACAAACCGAUCCAAGCCGAUCUCGACGUCUCCAAGGAGUUUCUCAGGUGCAGGGACGAGGGGCUGAAACGGUUAGACUUGAGUAAGUCCAACAUCACGCAUUUGCCCCCCACUGUCAGGGAUUUGGUACACCUAUCAGAAUUGUACUUGUACGGAAACAAAUUGGUCUAUUUGCCGCUAGAAAUCGGCUGUUUGACCAACUUGCAAACGUUAGCCUUGAGCGAAAACUCAUUAACGAGCCUCCCGGACUCUUUAGUGAACCUAAAAUCGUUAAAAGUCCUCGAUUUGAGGCACAACAAACUCAAUGACAUCCCCGAUGUCGUCUACAAAUUAACGUCUCUAACAACGUUGUUUUUGCGGUUUAAUAGAAUACGUUAUGUUGAUGAUGAAAUAAGAUUUUUAACGUCGUUAACAAUGCUCAGUUUGAGGGAGAAUAAAAUAAAAGAAUUACCGGCUGGGAUCGGAAAAUUAGUCAAUUUGGUGACAUUUGACGUUUCGCACAAUCACCUCGAACACCUCCCGGAGGAAAUCGGGCAGUGUGUCAACUUAUCGACCCUUGAUUUGCAACAUAAUGAGCUUCUGGACAUCCCUGAUACGAUAGGGGAACUCCAGCAAUUGACGCGGUUAGGGUUACGUUACAACCGAUUGUCAUUUAUCCCCUCCAGUUUGAGUAACUGUAGACACAUGGAUGAGUUUAACGUCGAAGGUAAUGCGAUCUCGCAGUUACCCGAAGGCUUGUUGUCGAGUUUAAGCGAAUUGACGAGUAUUACACUCUCGAGGAAUAACUUCUCGGCGUACCCCUCAGGGGGGCCCUCGCAGUUCACCAACGUCGAUUCGAUUAAUCUCGAACACAACCAAAUUGAUAAAAUUCCGUAUGGGAUUUUUUCACGGGCUAAACAUUUGACUAAGUUGAAUAUGAAGGAGAAUCAGUUGACGUCGUUGCCACUUGAUAUCGGGACGUGGACGAAUAUGGUGGAGUUGAAUUUGGGGACGAAUCAAUUGGGGAAGUUACCCGACGACAUCCAGGCCCUCCAAGCGUUGGAGGUUUUGGUCUUGUCGAAUAAUUUGCUGAGGCGGAUCCCGCCUAGUAUUGGGAAUUUGAGGAAGUUGAGGGUUUUGGACUUGGAGGAGAACCGUUUGGAGCAGUUACCGAACGAGAUUGGGUAUUUGAGGGACUUGCAGAGGUUGAUAGUGCAGAGUAAUCAGUUGACGUCGUUGCCGAGGGCUAUAGGCCACUUGUCGAAUUUGGUGUUUUUGAGUGUGGGGGAGAAUAAUUUGGCCUAUUUGCCGGAGGAGAUCGGCACUUUGGAGAAUUUAGAAUCGUUGUAUGUUAAUGACAACCCGUCGUUGCAUAAUUUACCGUUUGAGUUGGCGUUAUGUUCAAAUUUACAAAUAAUGAGUAUAGAGAAUUGUCCGUUGUCACAAAUUCCUGCCGAAAUUGUGGCAGGGGGGCCGUCGCUUGUUAUCCAAUAUUUAAAAAUGCAAGGGCCUUAUCGUGCCAUGUGAUUGUCUUAAAAUAUUUCAUAACCAGUGUGUGUCUGUUAGUUGUUAUUAAUCAAUGUUGAUAAAUAAAAAGACAUUAUCUUUAUAUUUAGGAUAAUUGUUCCAACGAGUUGUUUGUGUUGUAGUUGUCCACUUCUGAAGAUCGUUUUUUUUUAGGAUUAUUUUAAAUAGAUCAUUCAGCAAUAAAACACAAAUACUCCGAUUUUUAUUUGCAACGAAAUGUGUUUUAUCUUAUAGGUUCAUGUAGUUAACAAAAAGAUGGGAACAAAGAGUAACUUGUGAUUCCGUAGGUUAAAAUAAAACGAUUUAACCCAACCUAUCUGUACAUCAAGUUAGAGGGCGUUAAAGUUUAAAAAUUAUUUUGUUUUUUUAAAUAUUUUUUUAGUACAGGCAGUUUGGUAUCAAAACCACAUGUUUUGGUUUUAUUAUUUUUAGUUUCAUUAUUAUUUUAAGCCAUGUUAUGUUACACGUAAUCCCAGUGGCGUAAAGAAAUAGAGAUAAGUUGGAUUAAAUCGCUUUAUUUUGAUUUGGCGAAUCUCAGGUCACUCUGUCCCUAUCUUUUCGUUACACCCUGUAUGUGAAAAAUGUCGAUUAUUUAUAUUUAGUGUUAUUUAUUUUAGCUACAGCAACACUGGAUUAAGUCCCAACUAUGAUCAUUUAUAAAUUUUGGAUAAAAAUGUGCAUUUAAUUGUGAUUUUAUUUGAUAAUAAAGGUUUCUGGAAGUUCAAA